GGGAUUGCCACCUCAGCGGCCGCAUGAUCACAAAAUCGAGCUCGAGCCCAGUACGCAACCUACUGUUUGGACCCAAUGGCGGCUGACUCAGCCCGAGCUAGAUGAACUUCGAUGCCAACUGGACUACCUGCUCGAGAAAGGUUUCGUCAGACCCAGCACAUCACCAUUUGUGGCUCCGAUCAUGUUCACCUCGAAGAAAGAUGGCGGUCUGCGUAUGUGUAUCGACUACCGCGCCUUGAAUUGGGUUACCAUCAAGUCUUGCUACCCCAUUCCACGUGGAGACGACCUCAUCAACCAACUUCGCGGGGCCAGAUUUUUCACUAACAUUGACGUGCGAGGCGGUUACCACCAACUUUGCGUGCACGAAGUUGAGUGCUACAAGAUGGCAUUCCGGACCUGGUUCAAGAGUUACGAGUACACGCUCAUGCCAUUCGACUGAAUAAACAUGCCUUCAACAUUCCAGUU